GAUCCGAGCGUUAAUGAAGACAGUAACUCCAGAUCUGGUCUGUACUCGUCAUCGAUGGUGGUUCUUUUUUUUUUUUUUAAGUUCCUGAAGCCCGCUAACCUGUUUGGGGCUGUAUGAAGAUCCCCAACUGCGGGUGUUAUUCGACUAUUUACCAUACAUUCAUGCUGGUUGCUCCUGUUGCUAUUAGUCCUGUUUUGGGGCUAUUGUUAUUCACUGCGCGUGCUAAACCCCUCUCUGCGAGUGUGGAAGAGUGAAUGGCGCAGAUUCUGCCACUAUGCCCACCCCCGAGCGUAACAGUCCCCGAACGUCAUGGUCGCGUCGCCAACAACAACAACAGCAACAGCCACACUCUCCCUUCCGACGAGCCCGGAUUGAGUCGGGGGGGUUCGACGCGUCGCAUGGCCUCAGCCCUUCCCGUGGUUCUAGUGCGCACCAUCGGAGGAAUUUCAGUCAAACAGGGACUCUAAGAGGGGCCUUCGAAGCCGCAUCGCGCCUACCCUUCACGACAGAGGGUGAAGAAGACAUUUUCGUAUCCGGAUAUAUGCAAACAACUCCGAACCGAAGAAGACGCCAGAAUCGUAAUACUAUGACUCCCGAUUCGAACCCUCCAAACGAGCUGGUCGAGGCGUAUCGGCAGAUUGACGAUGUGGAGAGCUUAAACGACCUCGAAGCAUACGACGACGAUGACAUCCUCUACACACGCGUUCCCGACAGUUACAACAGAAGGUUAUCACCAGGGUCUUCGAUACGAGAGCACAGGUUUUUUGCGCCGUCCGAUGCUAGUUUCACCGACGAGUCGCCGCGUCGAAGGGUCGUCGACUACACCAAGGAUGCGCAGCGGUUGAAAAGGGCUACGGCAAAUCAGUCACCGGUGCUGAACAGAACUGGAAAUUCUCCUGCGUUGACGUCGGAGCAACUACGACGGCGCGAAGAAGAGGAAGAGGAAGCUAAAUUCCCUUGGGAGGAAGAAGAUGAUCUCAGACCGUCAAUAAGCGUCCCUUCGACUUGGGGAAGUAAAGGGAGAUCUAAUCAGGGAUGGAUGAAGAGUCUCACUCGGAGUCGUAAACCUGAGGUUGGAUCGACUAUCGAUGAGCCGGAAGACUUUUCAUCUCGGAAGCUUCCUAACGAUGUGAGCUUAAAGAUUAGCCCUACAGCAGCUAGAGUUGAGAAGGAUACCAUCGGGGAUCGUUCAACAGGCCGACAGCAAAAGAAUCACGUCCUAGACACAUACAAGCAAUUCUUGUUCAAACCAAUGGUCGACAAGCUACCUGAAGGAGACCAGAUCCCCAACACACCGAUCACUAUAUACAAAAAUUCGACAUUCACGAAGCGCAGCCCCUCGAAGCGGGACUCCCAAGACCUUCUCAGGAGGCUUUCUCGAGCAGGAAGCCCAAAUCAAAACCAAACCUCGGACGCGACCAAGACUCCAGAAACCACAGGCCAGAGACGUAUCUAUGACAAAACGCCUGUUGUGACAGGCGCCUGGAUAGAUACCCCAAUGACUGAGCGUUCCACAAACUUCUUAGAGGAUCUGUCUCAAAACAUUACCCGCUCGCCGGCAAAGAAACUCAAAACCGAGCCGGUUGAGCUGGUGGGAAAGAAAGCUGUCGAGAAGACUAGCUCCACAGACUGGAAGCCACAGUGGCCAAGGGAGACUUACAAACCUACCGAAGGGAGAAUUGAGGAAAAGGAAGAGUCAGAACCGAGGGGGGAAGAAAAGCUCCCAGAGAAGGAGAAAAAUGAAGACGAGGAAGUGCGAGGCCAGGAACAGGAGAUGCAGAGUCGCAGAGAGCAAACGGGAAAGCAAAACAAACGGGCCCCGAUCAAGCCUGACCUUCCAAAGAGUGCGCUAGAGACUGUUUUACAAGACCAUAAGGAUCACAAAGAUCUAUUAGAUGUUGGUGAUGACACAAUCGAGUCGCUUCAAGAACUCAUGGAGCAGCGACCAACGGGGCUCAAGACUGAGGAAGAGGACGACGCUGCAUUCGAGCAAUCAGUCAUGGAGCAACUGGAACUGGCAAAUUCUGAAUCAGCUAAUAUAGGUGAUCUGGAUCGCCUGCACGGAAAGCUCCAGUCAUUGACGGAGAAUAUUGCCAAGGUCAAGGUGGGUCUUGAUAGUUUGGAAGUGCAAGUAUCUCGGGAUAACGAUGUGCUUUCGACGCUUUCUAAAUCCAUUGACGGGUCAACACAGCCAGCGGCACCACCUGCAGAAGGGGGUUGUCAAACAUGCAGGACGCCCAAGGACAACCACUCUACCACCAUUCCAUUGCCGUCAUUACGGUUAUGGAAACGCAAUCCUGUUUCGCGAGCCCUGCGUCUCACUGCCCUCGGGUGGUGUAUUGUUCUCGCACUGAGCUGGUACCUAUCGGAGACUGCUAUGUGUGAUUACUACUGUCAUCCGUUUGUAGGCUCUGCCUGCACGGGAAAUUGCCUUCUUCUAGACGCCCCUCGCUUUCCCUUCGUCAUUCCAACGAUGCUAUGGCGUUGGCUCCAUGUUUCAGAGAUCCUGGCUCCUCUUUGGGCUCUUCUUCUCGCCCUCGCCCGGUUCUCUGCGCAGGUAUUGGGGCUUUGGGAUGGAUACGUGGAUGACGAGCCCCCUGCACUCAACAUUUCCGGCACGAUUUGGAUCCACGGUACUCAAGUAGGCAGUCUUUCGGCAACCCCAACUCCAGACAGCCAAGGGUUUAUUAAUUCUCUGCCAAAAUGGCCAUGGAAGGAACAGAAGGAGACUCCUGAGGCUGUUCCAAUUCUACGCGUGCUUCGGAAGAACUAUGGCCCGCAGGGCCAUCUUUUCCGUGCUGUAGAACCUGGGGAUGUUGCUUAA